AUCAAGAAAACACUACAUAGUACUCUCUCAUUUUCUUUUCUUUUCUUCUCAAGAAAACAUAAAUAAAAUGAAUUCUGAUAGCAAGCAAUUCAGUCGGAUGUUAAAAAAUCAAAAUCAACUGUAGAGGACAAGAAACUUCCAUUCAAGAUGAGUGAUGCAGACAGUGAGGGGAUUAAUUCUGUGAAAGCUGAUGAUGGUGCUGGCAUUCUUGAUGGUGAGGAAGGAGGAGGAGAAGCAACAGCAGAAGCACAAGAUAUCGGUUAUGGUAACGGUGACGGUGACGUUAGUGGUAACAGUAAUGGUAACGGUGGCGCCGGUGAUAAUUUUGGCGUGCGUGUAAUUCAGAUAUGCAUAGAGAGAUGGAGGACUGUAGCAAAUGCAUUUUGGCGUGGUAUGUGGUAUGAAGAUUUCCUGGAAGAUCUUGCUUUUAUGAUUCUCGUCUAUUAUUACCAAGACGAUCAACAGUGCCCUUUCGACCAUAACCUUCGAGGGAUCGAACUUUUAUGUCAAAUCGCAGAUGGAAUGGUGCAUAUAGGCUUGUUUUUAUAUGUUUGGUCUGUUGUUCUGUUUUUGCUUAUACACUUAUGUGCUCAGCUAUAGUUUAGACAUGCAUGGACCUAUAGGACUUUGUUCUACUUGCUAUAAAACUUCAGAGGUCAAGAUUGAAUAAAUAAGAUGUUGCCUCUAAGAAACUUAGUCUGAUGUCAAAUUGUAAUUUGAGAUCUUGUUAUGCUUUUGGCUACUUCAUGCUUGUAUUUACAAGGGUUAUUGUUUUAGUCAAGAUUAUUUCUUUUGGUAAAGGU